UGGUUUCCCCUGGCUUUGGUGGGAUGAGUUGAAGGGAGUCACCCAUGUGCAACAGUAAUUGAGUGAUGUUUGAUUUGCGACUCAGUUCCCAAUGCUUUUUGGGUCUGGGCAGUUCCCAGGAGCAGGGCCAGCAUUUAGGACUUGAUUGGUCCAGCAGAGGUAUCCACAGUGUGUUCAUGGAGAUGAGAGCAUCCUGUUGCAGAAAAGCUGCUGGCAAACAUCCUUCUUAUCCUAGAGCCCUCACCCUGACAGCCUUCAGCAUCCUUGCUAGCCUGAGGGUGAGCUGCAGGGGUUGGCACAGUUGUAACCCUCAGCAUAGCAGAUCAGGGCCAUGUGCUGUCCCUGUCCCCACCUGUGCUGGCUCCUGGUGCUGCUCCCCAGAGACCCUGGCAGUGGGGGGACACAUUGCUUGUUUUUCAAAGCCGUCACCCAGACACCGUGGAGACUCGAAGGGUGAGAGAAUUGCCUGUCCCAAAGCACCAGUGCUGUGGCAGCCUCCUUAACCCCUGUUCGCUGGUCACCAUCCUGCCCAGGUAAUGAAUAGGAUUUAUGUGCUGCUGAUGCUGGCUGUUUUUUUCAGUGGUGUCUGGCUCCAUAGUCUGAAACUGGUUUCUGAAAUAUGCUGUUUGUGGCAUGUUGAAUCAUUAGGAGCAAACAGGCUUAAAAGGGGGAGAAAUUCCAGGAUGAGUUGGCUGCAAGAGAGUGAUCAGAGCAGGAGGGAUGUGCAGAGCACUGUGAGUACAUGGCUGAGAUGACACAAUGCAGGACAGCCUGUGCCAGAUCUUUGUUCAACCUCUGGGCUAAGGGCAGGCUGGGAGCUGGGAUGUCACUGAUUUCCACGGAUUCCUGCUGUCAGGGCUGGAACAGCUCUGCAAAAUCCCUCCUGAGCUCUUUCUGCUCUGUUUUGCUUCCCUGCUGCAGAUCUGUGCGUGUCCGGGAAGGGGAUGAAGGGACUGUCUGCAUCCCAAUGAGCUGGAGCUGCUGAUGCCAAGUGGCUCAAAGAGGCAGAGGGCUCCUGGAGGUGAUGCUCACAGCUCCCCAGGGCGUGAAGUCUUCUCUCUGUUCCCUCUGCCCUGAUGCCUGCAGCUUCAGGAUCUGACUUUGCUGAUUCUUAUCCCUGGGGCAUCUGCAUGCUGUACAGCAGCUGGAUGGACAGGAAGAACAGUGCCAAAACAGUAGCAUCGCAGCUUGCCCUGAGGCUCAGCCACAAGCAGAAUCCAUCCUGAGAAACAGCACCUCAGAGCCAGCAUGUGGAAAAGCUGUCUUGUCCCCCUCCCCCAAAUGCAGGUUCCCUUUCCUGAAGGAUUUCCCCCAUGUAACACUGCUGGAGGUCCACUUAGCAGAAAGGAGGGGGGCACCCAGUGCUGAGCUGCUCUAAAGGUCUUUAUUCUUCUUAGGCUUCAGGAGCUGAGAAAGCUUAAGAACAGAGCAGGAUUACAUUUAUGGUGAAGUGGGAUGGAGAGCUGAGAGCUGCUGGAGCACGCUGUGGGAGAUGCUCCAUUAGGAAAUUACCUCUGUGACCGAGUGCAAGAAAGUGGCUCAGCAGGAGCUCAUGUCCUGUGUGCAGACCUUGUCAAUCAGCUGUGCCACGGAGGGGGGGUAACUUAUGAGCAUCCUUGAGCCGAAGAGUUUAAUUUCUCUUCUUUUUGUUGUUGUUGUUCAGAUUAAGAAGGAGAACAUUCUCAGUUCCCGGAGGAAAAGAAAAGAAAGGUUAAUCCGUGGAGAAGUGAUUAAUUGAUUUUUGUUUGUACUGAACAUUCUGGAAAUGUUUGGGUACAUCGGUUUGUUGGGAUAAUGGCUGUUGGCUCUCAGCGUGCAGAGAAAGUGGAGCUAGAAGUAAUUAAUUAGGUGCAAAUUAAUUUUCCCAACCUUUGAAGAGCACAAAAUCAGCCUCAGAGUCCACAUGAAGGUCGGCAGGAGGAUGCGGGUGGAUUGGUGGAUCGUUGCUUGCUUCUCCUGUUGCUCAGAAAUAUAGAUAUUAUAUACAUAUAUAAUGUGGUUAAGUGGGCCAUCUUUGUUCAAAAAUGCAGCUGUUGUUCCCUCAAGUUACAGUGCUAGAGAAAGAAGAGUGAGAUGGAGGUGUGCUGAUGAGCUGCCUCACAGUGCAAUCCUCCUGCAUGGGUGGGGGGAACGAGCUUGGCCUUUGGGAAGCCUGCACUGAGGGACAGAGGCAGUAAUGCUCUCAGGAGAUAUCUUCUAAGACAGUCUUAGCUGACUUAAUUUCCUGAAGCGUGAGCUGACAAUACUUAUCUGUAUGUGUUUUUGUGUGCUGGUACAGAACAACGAUGCUAUGCAGCACGGGAAUCUUCUUUCUUUCUUAAGGCAGAAUUGCACAGGAAGCCCUCAAGCACUAAAGCCUGGCAGCUUCCAGGUUGUGCUGGAUUUGUGAGGUGCCUUGCUUCCUUGCCCCUUUGCAAGAGGAAGGAUGCUGGUAUUUUUCCUUCAGUGCUUUUUGUUAUAUAAGUUCUGAUCUUUCUAAGAACCCGCUGCCUUGCUCGGCUGCUGUGCUUUCUGGGCCAGGAGCCACCUGACUGAAGCUUACGUGGGAACAGCAAAUGCUUCCGUCAACAUUCACCUGCUCCAAAAGCUCCCCUUGGCUUUCAAGGGCAAACAUAGGCUCCUUUGUUCUUGCUUUCUGAAGCCACAGUCUGGCAGAAGGCAUUUCCAAACACCUGGCUUCUAACACAAGCUCUGGAAGGAUAAAUUGGACUUCAUAUUCCCAACUGUGGAUUCUCUGGGUGAGGUUACUGCAAAUUUGCUCUGUCACCUUGUGUCCUGGCAGAGUUCAGAGUCUGGCAGUGACAGUGUUCCUCCGAGCACCCAAAUCACCUAUCAGGAGUCAAGGUCCUCAUCACCCAGGAGGGGUACAACUAUGUUUGAAGGUGCACGGCUCUGAGUUUGCUCUUCAGACUCGACUGAAAGAGCAUGUGAGGUCAAAUCAGGCCUCAUCAUAUUGCAGCACGUAUAUCAAAGUGCAAAUUGUACGGUGGUUUAUGGGUUUUGGUGUUGCCCUCAAAAUGAACUUGUCCUCAGUUAAUACAUAUUGUUGUCUGCCAUUUCUGGCAACGCUUCUGUGAAGGCCAUUAGUAUGCUAAAUGAUUGAUGAAAUGAAGUUUUUAAAUGAUAUCAACGUGUUAGCUCUUAUGUCUGAGAGAGGAGCCUCCUGGAGCUGAAAGGGAAGGUGCACUUGGAGUCAUGGCUGUGUUUCCAUUCCUGCACACUCUGGAUAUUCUUGGCUGGUGAUCACAACUUUGUUUGCAUCACUUCCCAUGCGCAAAGAGGAGACGACUAACACUGGAGCAAGGUGAAUCUUUUGGGGCAGCCUGUUCCAGUGACAGAAACUACACAAAUCAUUUGGAAUUGGCUCAUGACUUUAUCCCCAAGGUGUCAUUUUCCUUUCAGAUUUUUUUUUUUUUUGGUGUCUUGUAGCCCAUUGCUAACCAGCGUUGGCCAUCUCACCCGUUCUGCUUUGACAGCUCACGUUAAUUGUAGCCUUUGGCUAUGAGCCCAUACAGAAUGGCUAAUCAUCUUACUCCUGGACCAUAUGAUGCCUUUCAAAUCAGCUUACUGGGUAAAGCUUUCACCAGUAUUUGUAAUAAUGGAGGCGUAUGUGAUGAAAUCCUAGAUUAGCCUUACUGAAGUCAUUUUUCAUAAAGCACAAGCUGGCCUGACAGCUUCAAGUGUUCGUUGUCCUUGCUUGUGGUCUAUGAGGACGAGUUCUUUCUGCCUGUGAAACUGAUUGUGAAAGCACCAUUUCCAUCAGUGUGGAAGCUAGGUAGAAGCACGUGGGAGGCCAAAAAAGGUGGCGAUGUUCAAUAUAUAGCUCUCUGAUUCACCAAGAUGAAGACAGCAACCAACAUUUACAUCUUUAACCUCGCUCUGGCUGAUACCUUGUGUCUGAUGACCUUACCCUUCCAAGGUACAGACACGUUCCUGGGCUUCUGGCCUUUUGGCAAUGUCCUCUGCAAGAUUGCUAUUUCUAUAGACUACUACAACAUGUUCACAAGCACCUUCACCCUGACGAUGAUGAGUGUGGACCGUUACAUCGCUAUCUGCCAUCCUAUCAAAGCUCUGGACAUCCGCACUCCUCACAAGGCCAAAGUGGUGAAUGUCUGCAUCUGGGCGCUCGCUUCUGUCUUUGGCAUCCCAGCGAUGGUGAUGGGAUCUGCAGAGAAUGAGAACAACGAAAUCGAUUGUCUAAUUAAACUCCCUUCGCCCGUGGAUUACUGGGAUCCAGUGUUUGGCAUCUGCGUUUUUCUCUUCUCCUUUAUGAUCCCUGUGCUGAUCAUCACCAUUUGCUACAGUCUCAUGAUCAGACGCCUCAAGAACGUCCGUGUCCUCUCGGGCUCCAAGGAGAAGGACCGGAACCUGAGGCGCAUCACCCGCAUGGUGCUGGUGGUGGUGGCCGUCUUCAUCAUCUGCUGGACUCCCAUCCAGAUCUUCGUGCUGGUCCAGUGCCUGGGUGCCAAGGCUGAAAGCGAGCUCGAGCUGGCCAUCUCCUGCUUCUGCACAGCGCUGGGCUAUGCCAACAGCAGCCUGAACCCUGUGCUAUAUGCCUUCCUAGAUGAGAACUUCAAGGCUUGCUUCAAGAAGUUCUGCUUCCCUACUGCCUUCAGAACGGAGCUCCAGAUGUCCAACAGGAUGUGCAGCAUUGCCAAGGAUGUGGCUUAUGCCUGCAAGAACUCAGAGGGGACUAACAAUCCGGCCUGACUAGGCAUGGAAAUCCCCAUGGUGGCUGUCGCCCAGCAGAGUCCAACCACUCCCACGUCAGAGCUAACUCAGAUAACGGCCCUUUAGCAGGACCUCAAAACUGAGAAACCAAGGAAGCAAUUUUGGGAGUUGGGAAAACUGGACGCUGCAAGAGCAUGCAAAAGAGCUGAUUCAAUGCAUUUUUAGUUCCGACGUGCCCUGCACUAUGGAGCACAUUUGAAAUCGGCCUUUUGAUUCCUGUGAAACCCUGGUGGCUUGCAAGGCUAUCGAGAAUUUGGGAAUUAAGGGUUUGAAACAGGCAUUGCUCCUGCAUCUUACGCUUCUGCUGCUGGGAGACAGACAAAAUGCAGACUAUUCCAUUUCUUUUUCCUCCCCGAGUUGUUUCAGAUCCUCGGCUCUUGUACCUCUCUGGGCACUCGUGCAUGGGUUUAUUCCUGCAGCACCACUCUGAAAUUAGACUUUGCUGAAGACAAAGUGGGCAACAGCCGUCAGACAAAACCCAAGAUCAUCUCCAGGAUGAGUCAUCACGAGGGGAAGGAUGCGGGGAGGGAGAGGAGGGAGAAGAGCUGGCAGAAAGGGAAAUUCAAGCUGCCGGGAGCUGGCGAGCUCUGCAGAAAAUCCUCCACCUGAGAGGGGAGAGGAGGAGGAAAAGAUGGAUGAAAUGAACACAAAUCCUUGUUUACAUGCUGCUAUUGUUUGUGGGGUUUUUUUUUUUUUUUUUUUUUUUUUUUUAGCAUUAUCUUCCCAUUGUAAUAAUGGACAGAAUGUCUGUAUAUACACAUAUGCGUCUCUAUAUUGCUAUGAUACAGCUAUAGUGUAAGAUGUUUGUCUUGCCAAGCAUGCCUUGGUGAUCUUCCUCAGUGAGAGGAGGAAGGAAUGAAGCGGAUGGAGUGGCCUAUGAACACAUGUACCUGUGUACAGGGGGAAGCCAUUUCAGAGAGCCCUGCAGCUCCUCCAGAAGGCACGGAUGUUUCUGGUAGGAAGAGCAGCUUAGAGCCGCCCCAUCUGCUCCGUGCGUGCAAAAGAUGACUUACCUAUUUAUCUUGGCAGAGUGACAUCACUGAUGCUGAGAGCUUUGGGAAAUGCUGCUGAGGUGCCCCACCUUCUACCAACCUGACUGAUUUUCUUUAUUUUUCCCCUCUUCCGGACCUUCGUGUAAAAUGAAAUGCUCUGCUAUUUCAUUUGCUCAUGCAAGUGUUCCCAGAGAGUUUGGCCACUGAGUGCCCUCUGCAGGGACAGUGGGCCUGUGUUCUUCCUGAAGCACUGUGGCCACAGGAAAAUUUGGGAAGGAAAGCAGUAGCCCUUGCUUGGAGAUGGCCGGCUGCGGUGGCAGCCAAACUGUACAGACUUCACGUGAAUGUAGUUCUUGUGCUCUGGUCUAUGAGAUGCUGUAUUUUUAAUGUAUCACUUUACCACUAUUUUAAUGCUAUCACGUUCUUUAUAUAUGCUGUUUAAAAAAGAAAAGAAAAAAAUAUCUGAUGUUAUAUUUCUAUGUAGAGUAUUUCCCUUACAGUUGGGCUUAAAAUAUAGACACAGUCUCAGCAUCCCCUGUGUAGGACCCAGGUCCCUUGUAAACUCUGCAAGCUGGGACCAUUCUCAUAGUUUAUACUGGGAAUCUGGAGGGGGAUAUAAGGGAGAACUUUACAAGUAGCACUUCCCCUGAGUAGCUGCAGGAGAGGAGGAGGUCUGGGCACUGUAAGCACUUUGUGAUGGAUGUUUAUCCCCAGGCACUCACCAGGAAAUCUCAUACAGCCCUAGGCACGCCAUGGGGACAGUAACAAAGCAAGCUUGAUGAGCUGUUGUGCUCAUGGAUGCAACGAUGGUGUUGGUCACUGGCAGCGUGGGGUCUUCUGAGCCACACGAUGUGGGGUGUUGGGUAUGAGUAGGGAUGUGGCUGCUGGGCUUUCCUUGCAGUGCCAUGAGCCAGAGCAGAGCCACGCUCCCUUUGUAGCUCCUGGUUGUGUUUUUAAACAGAUUUAUGUCCUCUGAAAGUGUUUGGCACUUUUUAUAAGGAUUUUGUUAUAAUGACUAUGCUGCAACAAUCUCACAUAAUCGAGUAACCAAUAAAUGUGUGUUUACUGAGCUUUUGGGUAAUUCUGUGGCCCUUGCAGUGGAUGUGUAUAGGCAUUCUGUUCGUGCUCGGUGGAGUUAUAAGAAGAGCAACAAAAGCUGGAAGCAAAAGCUUUAUUGUACUGUGCCUACGGAAUUAAAGGCUUGUGCUCAGCUGCCCAGCUGAAGUGCAGGCUCUUUAAUUCUCCUCUAAAAUGGUCGUGUUGGUAUGAUUUUACAAUUACUGCUGUGUAAGUGACAAUUUCCUUGGUGGCUACUUGUGUGCUUCAAUAAAGGAAAAUAAAACCCC